GUUCCGGAGCGGCAACAUGGCGCGGGAGCUGCGGGCUCUGCUGGCGUGGGGCCGCCGUCUGCGGCUGCCGGCGCUGCCGGCCUCCACGGCGGGAAAGCCAGUUCUGUGUCCUCAGAGGACCGCAGUGCAGUUCAGGGGUCCCAGGCGAACUCUGGCUUCGAGCAUCUGUGUGGGACGGCCGUACAGCACUCAGGCCGCUGAGGACAAGAAGGAAGAGGCCCUGCACUCGAUCAUCAGCAGCACAGAGACGGUGCAGGGUUCUGUCUCCAAACACGAGUUCCAGGCAGAGACAAAGAAGCUUUUGGAUAUUGUAGCCCGUUCCCUGUACUCAGAGAAAGAGGUGUUCAUUCGGGAGCUUAUCUCCAAUGCCAGUGACGCCUUGGAAAAACUGCGCCAUAAGCUGGUGUCUGGCGGCCAGCCACUGCCCGAAAUGGAGAUUCACCUGCAGACCGAUGCCGAGAAAGGCACCAUCACGAUCCAGGACACGGGCAUCGGGAUGACACAGGCGGAGCUGGUGUCCAACCUGGGCACCAUCGCCAGGUCGGGGUCAAAGGCCUUUCUGGAAGCGUUGCAGAGCCAGGCUGAGGCCAGCAGCAAGAUCAUCGGGCAGUUCGGCGUGGGUUUCUACUCGGCAUUCAUGGUGGCCGACAGAGUUGAGGUCUACUCCCGCUCGGCAGCCCCGGGGAGUCCAGGCUACCAGUGGCUUUCCGAUGGCUCUGGAGUGUUCGAAAUUGCCGAAGCGUCUGGAGUUCGAACUGGGACCAAAAUAAUCAUCCACCUCAAACCCGACUGCAGGGAGUUCUCCGGAGAGGGCCGCGUGCGAGACGUGGUGACGAAAUACAGCAACUUUGUCAGCUUCCCCCUGUUCCUCAACGGACGGAGGAUCAACACCCUGCAGGCUGUCUGGAUGAUGGACCCCAAGGACAUCAGUGAGGGACAGCACGAGGAGUUCUACCGCUACAUCGCCCAGGCCCACGACAAGCCCCGCUACACCCUGCACUACAAGACGGACGCGCCCCUCAACAUCCGCAGCAUCUUCUACGUGCCGGAGACGAAACCAUCCAUGUUUGAUGUGAGCCGGGAGCUGGGCUCCAGCGUCUCACUGUACAGCCGCAAGGUCCUCAUCCAGACCAAAGCCACAGACGUCCUGCCCAAGUGGCUGCGCUUCGUUCGAGGUGUGGUGGACAGCGAGGACAUCCCCCUGAACCUCAGCCGCGAGCUCCUGCAGGAGAGCGCGCUCAUCAGGAAACUUCGAGAUGUUCUACAGCAGAGGGUGAUAAAGUUUUUCAUUGACCAGAGCAAAAAAGAUGCUGAGAAAUACGCCAAGUUUUUUGAAGACUACGGCCUGUUCAUGCGGGAGGGCAUCGUGACCUCUGCGGAGCAGGAGAUCAAGGAGGACAUCGCGAAGCUGCUGCGCUAUGAGUCCUCGGCACUGCCGGCCGGCCGCCUCACCAGCCUGUCCGACUACGCCAGCCGCAUGCAGCCCGGCACCCGCAACAUCUACUACCUGUGCGCACCCAGCCGCCACCUGGCCGAGCACUCGCCCUAUUAUGAGGCCAUGAAGCAGAAGAACACAGAGGUGCUCUUCUGCUACGAGCAGUUCGACGAGCUCACCCUGCUGCACCUGCGUGAGUUCGACAAGAAGAAGCUGAUCUCGGUGGAGACGGACAUCGUGGUGGAUCACUACAAGGAGGAGAAGUUCGAGGACACAUCCCCAGCCAGUGAGCGCCUGACUGAGAAGGAGGCGGAGGAGUUGACGGCCUGGAUGAGGAACGCGCUGGGGCCUCGAGUUGCCAACGUGAAGGUCACUUUCCGCCUGGACACCCACCCUGCCAUGGUGACAGUGCUGGAGAUGGGAGCUGCCCGGCACUUCCUGCGCAUGCAGCAGCUGGCCAAGACCCAGGAGGAGCGCGCCCAGCUGCUGCAGCCCACGCUGGAGAUCAACCCCAGGCACACGCUGAUCAGGAAGCUCAACCAGCUGAGAGAAGGCGAGCCAGAGCUGGCCCAGCUGCUUGUGGACCAGAUCUAUGAAAACGCCAUGAUAGCCGCAGGUCUCGUGGAUGACCCCAGGCCCAUGGUUGGCCGUCUGAAUGACCUUCUUGUUAAGGCCCUGGAGAAACACUGACAGGAGUCCAUCUGUCUCAGAGGCACAAAAGAGGCCUGGACACUGAAAGUAGUGAGACCACCACUGCUUUAUUUAUCUCCAUUAAAGAGGUAUUUCUUAAUCCACA